AGAGAGAGAGAGAAAGUGCAUCCAGCUCUCAGUCAUUCAUCUCUCGGGGAGAGGAGAGGAAACUACAGCAGGACGGGAAACAGUUUCUCUACGGGCAAAAAAGGAAGAUUUGUUGUUCCAACCUCUGACUUUAGAAGCUUCUCACUCACAACCACCAGCUGCACUUUUCCUUUUCAUCAUCAUCAGUACUUCACAUCGCAUGGAGAUACUUCCACUUCGUCUCCUCCUCCUGCAACUCUCUGAAAAACUGCACAUUUAAGAAUCAAACAGGGUUUCUGACAAGGACCCCGGCAUCACAGAGGCAACUUCCUCACAACUUGGCCAGAGAGAGCUGAGCCCCUUCGAUGCAGCGUGAAGCGUAAAAGGACUGGUUGGUUUGUCCGGGGAGGUGUAGGAGGAGAUCAGAGCGCUCCUGCAAGAGCUCCGGGAAGAGGAGGAGGAGGAGGGUGCGUCACGCUGACAGAGAGAGAGCAUCCUCCCUACAAACACACACAGUAAUCUUAGAAAACUAGACGUAUUUUAGCAAACAUUACCUCCUGCAGCAGCAUAAAGUCAGAUUAAGACACUACAAAAAGGACAUUAAGGUUGAGAUAAAUUACUCACUGGGUUCCAUAGACUACUACAAGUCACAAGUCAUUUGUCAGAGGCACACGGACACCCAGGACGCCCCAGCACGCCGCCGCAGAAUGGAUCUCCCACCAAUCAGAGGUUUAUCUGAUGUGCCGUGAGCGUUGGGAGCACCUCGCCCUGGUGCCACCCGGCCUGGCUCACCAGGAUGGACCCUGCUCAUUCCUUCAGGAUGGAGCUGGACGGACUGGACCUCCAGCAGGUCCCAGUGCUGUCACUCGACCAGAUACGUGCCAUCCGGGCCAACAAUGACUAUGUGGAGAGGCCCGUGGCGCUGGAACCGGCGACCCAGACCGGAUUUUUCUAUGCCCAUGAUGACCGUUACCCUCGUGGAGUAUACCCCAUCUACCCCCAGCCUUCUUUCCACUCGGCCCUGCCCCGCAGCCAAAGUCAGCAGCAGCACGCUCACCUGUCCCACCUGAGCCGUUCCAGUACCAUAAGCUCUUCCAUGUCUCGGACCAGUGCCACCUCGGACCAGCGGCUACUGGAAGGUUUGACACCCUCUCACUCUGGCCUCAGUUCGGUCAUCCGUUCUCAGCCUAAAGGAGAACUCAAGCCCGAUGCUUCCUUUGGUAAAGGCCUGACAGAGGACGAGGCUGAGCUCGGCCGUCAUUUGUUCAUCUGCGAGCGGUGCGGUCGCUGUAAGUGCCAAGAGUGCUGCGCCCCCCGUCGCCUGCCUUCCUGUUGGGCCUGCGGACAGCGCUGUCUGUGCUCCGCCGAAAGCGCCGUGGAGUACGGCACCUGCUUGUGCUGCGUUAAAGGCCUGUUCUACCACUGCUCUGCCCAGGACGACGAGGAUAACUGUGCUGACCGGCCGUGCUCCUGCGGUCCAGCCCACGCCUGUGCCCGCUGGGGCACCAUGGGGCUGCUGGCGCUCUGCCUGCCCUGCCUCUGCUGCUACCCCCCUGCCAGGCUGUGCCUUGCCCUGUGCCAGUGUGCCCACGACCGCAACACGCGCCCCGGCUGCAGGUGCAGCAACACCAACACCGUGUGCCGCAAGAUCUCCGCCUCCAACCCCAACCCCGGUCACCCCUCGCUCCGCAGCAAGGCCCUGGAGAAGCCGUUAUGACAGGCCUAGAUGGGGGCCAGGAAAAUCCACUUCCCCUCAGCCGUCGCCAAAGCAACGCUGUCGCCAAUCAACAGUGCCACAGCUGACAUUGUGACGACAAUGCCACUGUGACCCACCUACCUACAUACGACAAGCCAACUAACCAACCAACUAACCACCCGUGAAGUGUUGUUCACCGAUCGUACCUUGAAUUUACUUCAUCUCCAGCUCAGGAGGGACCAAAGCUUUACUGUGCCUGUUCAUGUUGGAGACUCCAUGCCUAAAAACUCAUCCUGAAGAAGCUGUCGUGCUUUGCUGGACCGCCCUUCAACCUUAACUAAGACAUCCAGACAGAAAUCACCUCUCUCCGCAUUCUGUGGUGUGAUCUGGACGCGUUAAAAUCUAUUUAUUUAUUAUUGAACCUCCGUCCUCCCCACCCUCUGCAAAGAGAACGCACAGAGCUCUGAGACGGGCGAUGGACCAAAUCAGGAAGGAAAGACGCCUGUGGCGAUGUGUACGGUCUAUGCCAACAGAGUUUCUGUCCUCCAGAAAGGGAGAAUCAGAAGAAGCAUGGGAGAUCGAGGACCACAAUGACAUUCAGAGAGCUCCACAAAAAGGUUGUAGAUGAAUGAAUGAAGAGAACAACGUCGUGCCGCGGUGCAUAUCUGACUGGGAGUCUUUUAACAAAGCACCGAGGCACAAAGUGAGAACAAAGACACUUGUAACACAUCUGUAACAACAGUUUGACACCAAAAAAAGGGACCAUGCACUGUACGAACUGAGUGAAUCUCAAUGCUAUUAAGCUCAUUUGUAAAGGAAAAGCACUGUGAGGUAGAUGGACAAUGUUUACCCCAGCAGCCAAGAUUAUUUAACCGGAGGGAGGGUGCAUCCAUUGUCAUUAGGCAGCGUGUGUGUGUGUGUGUGUGUGUGCGUGUGUGUGUGUGUCCUCCUACUGUACAACAACCUGUGUAUGUAGAAGCUGUGUGUCUGUUGUUUUGUCAGCAGAAGAAGCCUCCCUUGUCUUAUUUUUAGCAGUGCAGCUUCAGUGGAGCUCUGAGGGUCUGGUCGGGUUUCCUCCCGAAGUCAGUCUGUCGCCAGCCUCCCUCCUCUGACCGACCUCCUUCACAGCCCCCCUCCUCCUCCGUCUUACUCUCCUCCUCCCAUCCUCCAAUCAGAUGCUCUUUUCUCUGGACCAUCUUUGUGUCUCGCUGUCAUCCAGGCAGUCAGUUAGUACCUCGAUCCAGAAUGACUUUAAAACAGCAGCUUUAGUUCCUCGAUUCACUCAAUCCUGCCACCGUGGAAGAACAGUGAAGAGAGCAAAAGUCAUGUUUGCACAGAGCUGCAGUAGCUGAAUACUUUAUUUUGCUUCAGUGACAUUAUAUUAGGGAGAAUUUACGUCUACUCAAACUAAACAUCUGAUCAGUUUCCAGAGCAUUUUUAAACUCUUAACUAAUCCAAAGGUGGUUUCUGGAUUUCCAGAGUUCGAUCGAGGGGCUGGAGAAUACUGCAAAAUUUGGUUUUGAUCCAAUACCAAGUAAAACAGGACCAGAAUCGCCGAUAUCGAUACAGUACUUUUAUAAUUAAAAGCGACUUAUGUACUUUCAUGUUGCUUUCCACUGUUAAUCACAUGCAUGUUAAAACACAUGGCACUUUUUAAAAGGCAAUUAUAACAUGGCUUUGACGAUUUUUUAUUAUUGUAAGUUGAUUGUGCAAACAUGAAAAAAGUGUUUGUUAUUAAGUGGAAACAUUUAUUUGUUGAGAACAAUGAAUGUUUUAAAACUUUUUUUUAGUGCAAAUAACUAAACAAAAGCACAAACUACCUUCAACCAUCAUUCACAGCUGUGAAAUAACUCUGCUGCUCUUUUGUUCAGCCAUCAUGUGUCGGCCGGAGUAACUAGUCAGGGUGCGCACCGCGUGUGUUGUUUGAAUGCACACAACACGUCUGUUUGUGCACCGGGUUAUCGUUGCAGCUGGGUGGCUUGUUUGGCACUUCCUGCAUGCAAGGAACUAACGGUUAACGGUUAUUGAUCGGUAAACGAGGGUCGGCUAUCGGUCAGAAAAAUAAAUCAAAAUUAGCUUCCCUACUUCUGAAAAUCAGUCGCUGCUCCUGUAACGUGCAGAAUUUGGAACGACGUGAUGAGGAGCUUUUAAAAAGCUGCAACACAAAAAGAAUCACAACCGAACCCAACCAACGAAAGCCAGCUGACAAGAGGCGUAUUUCCCCCCCACACACUCCCAUACAGUAUAUCCCUCCUGCCUCGUCCGUCUCUCCUCUUACGCUCAGAGGGCUAAAAGCCUCCAGUUCCUGGUCCGCAGAGAGUUGAUCAAACAGGCAAUUAGCUCCAUGAUAGCUCUUAAUGGGCCGGAGAAGAAUGGAGCGUGGGAGGGAGGGGACAGGAUGAGUGGAGCUGUGGUGUUUGGCAGAUGGACAGCUGAUGGGGAGAGAGGGAUGCUGGGAGAUUGGAUCGAGGGAACGAAGAGAGGAAAGAGAGGAUGUUGAUGUCGCCAGUAAGUCAGAUGGAGAACAUGCAUGCUUGAAAAAAAACAAACUUUCGACUGAACUUAUUCAGCACUUCAGGUACAAAUUGUAUGCAAAACGUAAAUGUGCAUGGCUCUUCUAGGGAGGAACAGCUGAUGAAAACAACACACACACAGCAUCAGGUGUGUAUGCGUGUGUGAAUGCAUGUCUGUUUUUAAGCGUGUGUGUGUGUGUGUUCAUGUUUGGAUGGGCUUUUCUGUGUGUGUGUGUAUGCGUGUCACCUAUGCAAACACACACACACACUGACCUGAUUUGUUAAAUGUUACUUUGCUAUAUUUUUAUAUGUAAAUAUGGGCUAUUAACUAUUUUUAUUCUGCUUUUAUUUUGUUUCUAUGAGAUGAUUGAUAUUAUUACGGUUGUUUUCCAUUAUAGUGAACAUUUACUUAUUUACUGUCCACUUGUGAUCAGGAACUUUUGGGGCGACUCUAACAGCAUACAUCCCCUAGUACAGCUCAGUAUUAUGGUCUGGUUUUGAACCUUUUUUUGGGACCAAAUACAUCUUUAGCAUCACGUAUCGACAGCUGAGCUCUGUUCUUUCUGCUGGCAUGAAAGCAAACAACAUUAGGAUUUGUCUAACAGUUCUUCUCAGAUGUGUAACAUCAGUCACAGUAUUUUAUUUCUCAUCAUUAGGAAGUAAAACAUUAAGCAUGACUUAGUGAAGAGUGUUUGAAUGUGUGACUGUUGCCCCAAAUGUUUCUGUACUCACUGGUUUCACUUUGACGGACAGGUUGGCGAUUCAACUUUUAUUUCUUUUUAAUGUUGCAACUUUCUCCACUUUUUUAGUGCCACUUAUGACGUUAUUAUUCUUAUUCUUAUUAUUAGAAGUAUUGGCAACCAAAAUUCAUAAUCUAUGACACCUAUUAAUGCAAAUCACCAACAGGAGGUCGACAUCAUGUCCACAUUAAUGCUGGUGAAUUUGAAAACUAUUUUUCCCACAUGUUCACUUUUCAUCCACACUAAAGAGGCCUUUACACAGCGGGGGGGCGUGACGAAUAAAACGACACUGAUGUGCAAAAUACUUGCAUAGAAAUAUUUCACAUCGGAACUAUUCAUAACAGCAGCGAUGUGAAUUUGUGACAGUUUCAACACUUCUCCAAUAAACCAACUACUGAGAUUAUUGACCCAGAGCAGCGUCUGGCAGUCUGUCUGAGCUCAAUUGUUGUAUAGCCUAAACUACUGUAAGCUAUUUCAGUUUCCUUUCAGCAAAAUGCUCUGAGUGAAUUUGCGUCUGGUAAACAGUAACGCAGUCUAUAUGUCUAAGUGAGGAAUAGGCUAUGCCACUGCUGAAUCUCGUUUCAUUUUACAACUAGAUCUUAUAGUUUCACAGCUUGGUCCAAGUUUCGUGAGCCACACGCGUCGCGGUGGACGGGCCCAUUUGAGUAAAGGACUGUUCCCCGCCUUUUCAUUUUGAAAGACCAACUCUAACACUCGUCCGACCAAUCUUCAGUGACCACUCAGACUUUUGCGUUUGUACGUCUGGCCCACUGCGGUCCAGCCAAUAAGUUUCC